GCGGCUAGCCUGGGACAUGAAAGCGCCGCACGCUUUGUGGAACGACCCGGGCAACCGGUAUGACUUGCACCGCGCGCGCCCUGCUGACCCACGACCGUUCUCGGCGCAGGGCGUGCAGCGCUGGCAGCAUGACCGCCUCACCAGCCACAUGUACUCCAACGCUGGUGCGCCCAUCUGGCACCGUGGGCUGAGGCAUGCGGCCAAGGGUGUCCGCGCCGCAAGGCAGCUGCAAUCCUCGCAGGCGCUAUGGUCUGACAACAUACCCGUGCCGAUCCGCAGGGGCACGAAGCUCGGGGAGAUGCGACCCGUGGAGCAGGAGCCGACGGACCAUGUCCAAUGCCUGCGACAAGAGCAGAACACGCGUGGUUUCGGCGAGCCACGCCAGCAGGUUCACGACGACCUCGAGAGUCGGCCCGGUCCGACCCUGCCGCCCCGCACUUGCGCCCAGCAACCAAGCCCCAUGGUGGCCGAGGAUAAAUUCUUCCCAGGCGUCGGGCAAGGGGUCGAUGAAGAGUGCGACUUUGCGCCGCCCAGUGGGUGCGACGGCCAUCAGGAGAAGGCGCGGCUGGACGCGCAGAGUGUCCUCUGUGCGCCACCG